AUGGGCGAUGCUGCGGUGGAGGGGCCUGUGCUCUACCAGAAGCUGCAGCUGUGGGAGUCCAGCCUGGAGGAGGAGGAAGAGGACGAGAUCUCAGAGCUUCUGGUUCCUGACCCCUGGAGGCCCCAGGAAGCCGCUGGGAACCAGGCUGGCGGCCUUCCUGGGACCUGGCCCCGAAUAGCCGCGGCCCUGCUGCUGCUCGUCGUGGUCUUCUCCCUGGCCACAAAGCGACUGCAAAGCAGUGGCUCCCCUCCAGCCCCCCUGGGCUCAGCCGCACCCCCUCGCAGCGGGCACACCCACCGCCCUGGGGUCUACCACCACGGAGCUGUCAUCAGCCAUGCAGCCCCGUGUUCCCACCUGGCCCGGGAGCUCCUUGCUGCAGGAGGCAACGUCGUGGACGCUGGAGUCGGAGCAGCGCUGUGCCUGGCGGUGGUGCACCCCCAUGCUACAGGGCUAGGUGCCUUGUUCUGGGGGCUCUUCCACAACGGCUCCUCCGGCAAUACAAGCGCUUUGGUGCCAGGCCCAGCUCAGACACUUGCCCCCGGCCUGGGACUGCCCUUGGCCCUGCCUGGCCUGGCCUUGCUGCAUACACACUUCGGCCAUCUGCCCUGGUCGCACCUGCUCGAGGGCCCUGCCACGCUGGCCCAAGAGGGCUUCCUGGUGGACACAGCCCUAGCCGAGGCUCUGGCGGCUUGGGGUGCAAAAGGCCUCUGUCCUCUGUUCUGCCAGCCUGAUGGAAGACCCCUGGGCGCUGGAGCCCAAGCCACCAACCCCAAACUGGCAAAGGUACUCCGUAAGGCAGCACUUGCCCCCGACCCCAGACUUGCUGGGGAGGCCCUGCUGGGUCCUCUGGCUAGAGACCUGGGGCUGGAGGCGCCACCGGCCGGGCCCCUGCCCACCUUGCAGCCAGCUCUGCCCCUCCCUGUGCGCCAGGGCCUUCUGUUUACCACCCCCAGCCCUUCAGCUGGCCCCGAACUGUUGGCACUGCUGGGGGAAGCCCUCCACACAGGGCGGCCCAGGCCCGCCCCUUGUCCCCCACUAUCUCCUGUGCCCCCUGGGAGCAGUGUCCUGGCCACAGUGGACAGCAGCGGCUCUGUGCUCCUUCUCGCCUCCUCACUCAACGGUUCCUUUGGUUCUGGACGCCUGUCACCGAGCACCGGGGUUCUGCUCAGCAAGCCGGAGGCCUGGUCUGCAGCUCAGGCCUGGGCCUGCCCACUCAUCUUUCGUGACAACUCAGACGACACAGAGGUCGAUGUGUUGGGGCUGGUGGCCUCGGACAGCCCCACAAUGACCAAAGCCAUGUCUAGUGCCCUGCUCAGCCACCUAGCUGCAUCUCAGCCCCAGCCCCGGCAAGGACAGGCAGCGGAACCCCACGUUUGUGGCCAGGGGACCCUGCUCCAGGUGGCAGUCCAUGCAGAACAUGUCCACGUCUCCAGUGUCCCCAAAGACUGUUGCCCUUUUGCGGGGUUAUAG